CUUUUAUUUUGAAAUAUUCUGUUAUCCAGUGGUUUUCAGACACGGUCUCCCAAGUCCUGCCCGGUUUUCCCACAUAGUUCUCUCCAGCCUCAUCCUCCCUUUUGCUCAAUAACUGGGCAGUGAUUAAAUGGCUUCUUGCAACAUCAGCAUACAGAGCUGAAUUCCAGAGCUUGUGGGCGGGGAAGGAGUGCUCAGACACACUGAUCUUAGGAGAAAUACCCCGAAACAGUGUUCGUGGUCAUCCCUCUUCUACCUGAUCAACGCUGUGAACUUUCUGUUCUUUUUCAUGGAUUCUUAAGACUGAAGAAUUUUUCUGGGUAAACACAGUUUAAAACACUUCGGGCUCCAUGGUAGACUGCAAGAAAACUUCUGGCUUAAGUUAGUUGAAGAGAAAAGUUGGAGUCAGCAGAGUUAUGAACAAACCAUUCACGAUGUCAAUCAAAAAGGAAGGUGCCCACAAGAAGUGGGCUGCCCUAAAGGAGAAACUUGGACCCCAGGAAACUGACCAGUCAGAGGCCAACCUGGAAAAUGCAGAGCCAGAGCUGUGCAUCCGUCUCCUGCAAAUGCCCUCCGUGGUGAACUACUCCGGGCUGAAGAAGAGGCUGGAGAACAGCGAUGAUGCCUGGAUGGUCCAGUUCCUGGAGCUGUCCGGGCUGGACCUCCUCCUGGAGGCCCUGGACAGGCUGUCUGGGCGAGGAGUGGCCAGGAUUUCCGAUGCCUUGCUUCAGCUCACCUGCAUUAGCUGUGUGCGAGCGGUCAUGAACUCCCACAGAGGCAUAGAGUACAUUGUGAGCAACGAGGGCUACGUCAGAAAACUCUUCCAAGCACUUGACACAACUAAUGUCAUGGUCAAAAAGCAAAUAUUUGAGCUCCUGGCUGCACUGUGCAUUUACUCAUCAGAUGGCCAUGCUUUGGCUUUGGAUGCCUUGGACCAUUACAAGAGUGUGAAGAACCAGCAGUAUCGAUUCAGCAUCAUAAUGAACGAGCUCUCCAACACAGACAACGUGCCAUACAUGGUGACACUGCUGAGUGCUAUCAAUGCCAUCAUCCUGGGGAAAGAAGAGCUAAGAACAAGGACACAAAUCAGAAACGAGUUCAUAGGGCUUCAGCUGUUGGAUGUUUUAGACAAGCUAAGGUAA